AUGGCUUCUACUUUAGUUUCAAUGCCUAGCACAAACACUACAGUCAAACAGUAUGCCUUUGCUGCUCGCCAAGGUACCGACUGGUCAUACUAUCUAGCCCACCGCCCAGCCUAUCCGCAAUCUUUCUUCGAGCGCAUCUAUAGCUACCACGCCCAAAAAUCCGGGGCAGCUUGGUCUGUAGCUCAUGAUAUUGGAGCUGGUUGUGGAGUCGUCUCUGCAGUCCUUGCUAGUCGCUUCGACAGCGUCAUAGUCUCAGACCCUAAUGACGGAUAUACUAAGCUCGCCCGAGAAUACUUACUUGAGAAGACAUCGUUCCCCGAGUCUAAAUUCAAGUUCCUUCAAGAAACUGCCGAGGAAAGCUCAGUUGGAUCGGGUACUGUCGAUCUGAUUGCCGCGUGCGAGUGUAUUCAUUGGACUACACCGGACGUUGCUAUCGGGGAAUUCGGGAGGCAGCUCGGAGCUGGUGGGACGCUUGCGAUCACAUACUAUACUCGCCCGCUUAUUGAGGGAAAUGAGCGGGCUGCAAGAGCCUGGAAGGCUGUCUGGGAUGCUUUUCCGAAGAAAGUUCAACGAUACGGGAUAGGUGAAAACCCUUAUAAAAUAGGUAAUACUGCACUUGAAAGCUUAGAGUUUCCCGAGGAAAAUUGGGAGGCCAUAAAGAGGAUAUAUAUCAAUUCUCAGGGGACCGUGGACAGUUUCAUGCUGGAUGACAGAAUAAUUGAAAGUAGGGUCAAGGAAAGUGAGGAGAAGGUGUGGGUAGAAGAAGAUGAUGAUUGGUGUGAUGUGUGUGAUAUCGAGUGGCUUAAAGGCUAUGUCGCCACAUGGGAACCGCGCCUCCAAGAGUCCGAAAUACAAGAUAUUUGGGAUGAGUUGGAGGCUGCUUUGGAAGGGAAACCAGUUAAGACCAGGACACCGAUUGUGAUGAUUUUAGCCACAAAGAGAGGCUAA